GGGCUGUAUUUUGACAAACAUAGACGAGUCGGAAAUGACGUAGGGUGUCGCCAUCGAGAGGGCUCGGGUGGGACGAUGCUUCGUAAUAUACGUGUGGUUGUAUAUUUUCGGGAAAUGUAGCGCGAUUAUUUCGGCAAUGGCAGCCGGUGCGGUGUUACGUCCUUUUCUGUCCGGCUGCGCUCAUAAACUGACGGGUCUGCGGCUCAGCGCGCUCCCGAACUGCGUCAGGACCGUGCACGUGUGUUCGGUUCUGCGCGCGGGGCACAACAAAUGGUCCAAAGUGAAAGAUAUUAAGAUCCCGAAAGAUGCACCUCGAGCGCGGAUGAUCGCCAAAUACGCCAUGUUGAUCCGGGUGGCAGUAAGAGAAGGAGGACCAAACCCAGAGUAUAACAUCGCUUUGGCUCAGCUUAUAGAGCAGUGCAGGAAUAAAAAUCUCCCCAAAACCACCAUUGAUGCUGCUAUUAAGGGAGCGGAAAAGUCCAAGGCUGGUUCUCAGUACCUAUACGAGGCACGAGGUCCAGGAGGUUCCAUGCUGCUCAUCGAGGUUCUGACAGACAACAACACGCGCUCUCACCAGGCCGUCAAACACAUCCUAAUAAAAAAUGGGGGGGCGAUGUGCGAAGGCGCUCGGCAUCAUUUUGACAGAAAAGGAGUCAUUGUGGCGACUCGAGACCAGGUUUCUACUGAGAAAGCUCUGGACCUGGCCAUAGAGUCAGGGGCUGAAGAUGUCCACGAAGCUGAGGAUGAGGAGGAGAAGCCGAUUUUACAGUUCAUCUGUGAUAUGAACUCAACAAAAGCAGUACGAACAGCACUGGAAACUCUCGGGGUUCACACUCUGUCAGCGGGGAUGGAGUACAUCUCCAACACUCCUGCUCUUCUAGCACAGGACCAGCUAGACUCCAGCGCCAACCUGAUCGAGGCUCUCAUUGAAUACCCAGAAGUGGUCAGAGUAUGGGACAAUAUUCAAGCAUUGGAGUAAAGCAGGAAGGAACUAGGGCACUGAAUGUUUCAUAUGAAUGACUAAACUUUGAUGAGCAAAGGAAAGGACUACAUCUCAGUGAUCUUAUAAAAAUGUAUAGGAAUUUGUGCAAAUUAAAUCAUUGUGUUCAAAAUAAAGAUGUAUUAAUGAUUAAAAAACUUUUAUUUCUUACAAUGCUGAAAUGAUCACAGUCAUUUGUUAAAAAAAUUCCAGUAAGGCAAGGGGCAUGGCCUUUCAACAGUUUGGGUGAAUUUAAUUAAUUCAUAUUACUGGCUUAUACCUCUGUGUUCUGAACUUGUUUUGUCCAUCAUUGUGUUCUGUGGUGAGGUGAAUGUGUGAUGAAUUUAAUACUUUGAUCAUUUGCAUGCUGCCUUAGCUUCAUAUCCUCAAAUACCAAAUCUGAUGGACGUUUUCUGUAGUCCAUUGGAGGAUUUGAUACUUUUUUGCACACAUUCUUGGCUACAAGCUUCAAAAUCUUUGGUUGCAGUUCAGUUAGCAAUACAGAUGACAAGUUUAACAAUAAAUGUUAAUCUGUAAGGAGCCUGUAAGUGGAGGCAUUGUACAGUAUCAGCCAAAUGCUGCUUUCUGUUCAGUUAAGUGUUUCUUAACCACAUAUAGUAAUAAAAAGUUCAAAAUGGAAUCAAAAUAA